GAGAGCCUUGGUUCACUUGCAACGUGUCAACUGCACUGGCUCUCUCUCUGCUCUUCCCUCUCCCCUUUUCUUUUCUUUUUUUUUUUUUUUCUUCCGGGGAUGGUGACUUGGUAGCUGGGUGGCUUUUUAGUGACAUCCAGAAAACCCUUCCCAGGCAAGCGAUGGCUUAGAGGAGAGGGAAGGAGGCAGGAGAAGAAGAAGAAGAAGAAGAUGAGUUUCCACAAGGAGGAUGGUGUGGGGAGCCUGUGUCACAAGGCGCUGCAGAUCAUCUCAGAGCUGUGCCUGGGGGGCCAGGUGGAGCGGGAGAAAUGUUCAGGCAUCUUCUUCCCCUUGGAGACCACCAAGCAAGGUAUAGGCAGCACAGACAUCUCAGUCAGUCUGCUAGCAGUAGUCGUCAGCUUCUGUGGGCUUGCCUUGCUGGUAGUCUCGCUAUUUGUCUUUUGGAAGUUGUGUUGGCCAUGCUGGAGAAGCAAACCUCUUAUUUCUAAUACCAGUAAUAUCCCUCAAAGCACCUGUAGUGCUCCUAAUGAGGUUUUCGAAACCAACGAGAAAAAGGAAAUUAAAGAAAAUGGAAAACCUUCAGUGAAGGUACUUGAGGCUGCAAUGAAAAUUAGCCACACUUCACCUGAUAUUCCAGCAGAAGUCCAGAAUGCAUUGAAAGAACAUCUAAUUAAACAUGCACGCAUGCAGAGACAGAUCACUGAGCCUACAUCCUCAUCCAGGCAUAAUUCUUUCAGGAGGCACUUGCCAAGGCAGAUGCAAGUGUCCAGUGUUGAUUUUAACAUGGGGACAGAUCCAAUUUUACAACGGGGUGAGACAACAACCAGCAUCGGGCGAAUUAAACCAGAACUCUAUAAACAGAAGUCUGUUGAUUCGGAAGACAAGCAAGAAGAUGUGAAAAUCUGUGGGAAACUUAACUUUACUCUCCAGUAUGAUUAUGAAAAUGAACUCCUUGUUGUUACCAUUGUCAAAGCCUUAGAGCUACCUGCUAAAGACUUCACAGGAACCUCAGAUCCCUACGUUAAGAUUUACCUUCUCCCAGACAGGAAAAAGAAGUUUCAGACACGGGUUCACAGAAAGACUUUAAAUCCUGUCUUUGAUGAAACCUUUCAGUUUCCUGUAGCCUAUGAUCAGCUCAGCAACAGGAAAUUGCAUUUCAGUGUAUAUGAUUUUGACAGAUUUUCUAGACAUGACAUGAUUGGGGAAGUUAUUCUUGAUAACUUUUUUGAAGUCUCUGAUCUCUCCAGGGAAGCCACUGUGUGGAAAGACAUCCACUGUGCCACCACAGAAAGCAUAGAUUUGGGUGAAAUCAUGUUUUCCCUUUGCUAUUUACCUACUGCCGGGCGAAUGACGUUAACAGUAAUCAAAUGUAGAAAUCUCAAAGCCAUGGAUGUAACUGGCGCUUCGGAUCCAUAUGUCAAAGUCUCACUGAUGUGUGAGGGUCGAAGGCUGAAAAAACGGAAAACAACUACAAAGAAAAACACACUUAAUCCAAUUUAUAAUGAGGCCAUCAUCUUCGAUAUCCCUCCAGAGAAUGUGGACCAGGUCAGCCUCUCCAUUGCUGUAAUGGACUACGAUCGAGUAGGACACAAUGAGGUGAUCGGGGUGUGUAGGACAGGACUUGAUGCUGAAGGACUUGGAAGAGAUCACUGGAAUGAAAUGCUGGCUUACCCCCGUAAACCUAUUACUCAUUGGCAUCCAUUGGUAGAGUUACCUGGCCAGGCAACCAGUUUUGAUAGCCAGGGGUCUUGUUCAUCACCAAAACCACCACCUACACCCUAGGGCACGAGAACGGAUUCAUCACAUCCAGUGUCCAAGCUCCAUGUCCAUCACACCUACAUUAACAAAAGGUUUGGCUUCCUGAGAUGAACUGUAUCCAUAUUUUUGUAUUAAAAUAGA